CACGCUCGAAUCCCGCGACAGCGCUCGGCUUCCUCCCCCCGAGGAGGAGGAGGAGGAGGAGGGAGCGGUGGGAGGAGGAGGAAGGCCCGCGGCCUGACAAAACCCUUUGGUUUUUCCAGGGAAGCGAGAGGGAAGGCGGGCAGCCGAGCAGAGACGGAGCCGAGCAGGGGGCUGUGGCACCAUGGUGAAGCUGGACAUCCACACGCUGGCCCACCACCUGAAGCAGGAGCGGCUGUACGUGAGCUCGGAGAAGCAGCUGAUCCAGCGGCUCAACGCCGACGUGCUGAAGACGGCGGAGCGGCUCUACCGCACGGCCUGGAUCUCCAAACAGCAGCGCAUCAACCUCGACAGGCUCAUCAUCACCAGUGCUGAAGCUUCUCCUGCUGAAUGUUGCCAGCACGCAAAAAUCUUGGAGGACACGCAGUUUGUGGAUGGGUACAAGCAGCUGGGAUUCCAGGAGACUGCUUAUGGAGAAUUCCUGAACAGACUGAGAGAGAACCCCAGGCUUAUUGCGUCCUGCCUGGUGGCUGGCGAGAAGCUCAACCAGGACAACACCCAGAGUGUCAUCCACACGGUCUUCACCUCCAUCUAUGGCAACUGCAUCAUGCAGGAGGACGAGAGUUACCUGCUGCAGGUGCUGCGGUACCUGAUUGAGUUUGAACUGAAGGAAAGCGACAACCCCAGGCGGCUGCUGAGACGAGGCACCUGUGCCUUCAGCAUCUUGUUCAAGCUCUUCUCUGAAGGACUCUUUUCUGCAAAACUUUUUCUUACUGCUACCUUACAUGAGCCAAUCAUGCAGCUUCUGGUUGAGGACGAAGACCACCUGGAAACCGAUGCGAACAAGUUAAUUGAGAGAUUCUCCCCAGUACAGCAGGAAAAGUUAUUUGGAGAGAAAGGCACAGAAAAGUUCAAGCAGAGGGUCCAAGAGAUGGUUGACUCCAACGAGGCCAAGCUGGUGACCCUGGUGAACAAAUUCAUUGGCUAUCUCAAACAAAACACGUACUGCUUUCCUCACAGCUUGAGGUGGAUUGUGUCGCAGAUGUACAAGACGCUGUCGUGCGUGGACAGGCUGGAGGUUGGCGAGGUCAGAGCCAUGUGCACAGAUCUCCUUCUGGCCUGUUUCAUCUGCCCUGCCAUCGUCAACCCCGAGCAGUACGGCAUCAUCUCUGAUGCUCCUAUCAACGAGGUGGCAAGAUUUAAUCUGAUGCAGGUUGGGAGACUUCUGCAGCAGCUGGCAAUGACAGGCUCUGAGGAGGGAGAUCCACGUACAAAGAGCAACCUCGCUAAAUUUGACAAAAGCUGUGUCGCUGCUUUCCUGGACGUGGUGAUCGACGGGCGCGCGGUGGAGACUCCCCCGAUGUCGGCCGUGAACCUGCUGGAGGGGCUGAGCCGCACCGUGGUGUACAUGACCUACAGCCAGCUCACUGCCCUGGUGGGCUUCAUGCGGAACGUGAUGUCAAGCGAUCAGCUUAAGGAAGAUCGGAUGGCUUUGGAAAACUUGCUGGCGAAUUUACCCCAGAACAAGCCAGGGAAAAGCAGCAGCCUUGAAAUGACUCCGUACAACACCCCCCAGCUUUCUCCUGCAACCACUCCAGCCAACAAAAAGAACCGAAACCCUCCAGGACAGCAGCUGGCAGCGAUUACUGCCUGGGACACCUCUGCUACCAAUCUGUCAGCUCACAUAACUCUAGUAACCCCUUUUGCCACUCGAAGCAGAAGUAGAUCAAACAUGCUGAUGGACCAGCACGGAGAUCAUGAAGGAUCCUCCCAGGAGACUAUUCCAGAAGUGCAGCCAGAAGAAGUGCUGGUGAUUUCUUUGGGGACAGGUCCACAGAUUACUCCAGGAAUGAUGUCAGAAAAUGAGGUGUUAAAUAUGCAGCUUGCAGAUGGUGGGCAGGGAGAUGUCCCCAUUGAUGAGAACAAGCUCCAUGGUAAACCUGAUAAAACCCUGCGCUUUUCCCUCUGCAGUGACAAUCUGGAAGGAAUAUCUGAAGGCCCUUCCAAUCGCUCCAACUCCGUGUCCUCCCUGGACCUGGAGGGGGAGUCGGUGUCGGAGCUGGGCGCGGGCCCCUCCGGCAGCAACGGCGUGGAGGCUCUGCAGCUGCUGGAGCACGAGCAAGCCACAACUCAGGAUAACCUGGAUGACAAGCUCCGUAAGUUUGAAAUCCGUGACAUGAUGGGUUUGACUGAUGACAGAGACAUCUCAGAGACUGUCAGUGAAACCUGGAGCACAGAUGUCUUGGGAAGUGACUUCGACCCCAACAUCGACGAGGACCGGCUGCAGGAGAUCGCAGGUGCAGCUGCAGAGAACAUGCUAGGCAGCUUGCUGUGUUUGCCAGGUUCAGGAUCCGUGUUGCUUGAUCCCUGCACAGGUUCAACCAUAUCAGAAACCACAAGUGAGGCGUGGAGUGUGGAAGUAUUACCAAGUGAUUCAGAGGCUCCAGAUUUAAAACAGGAGGAAAGACUGCAAGAGCUGGAGAGCUGCUCUGGGCUGGGCAGCACGUCUGAUGACACAGAUGUGAGGGAGGUCAGCUCUCGGCCCAGCACGCCCGGCCUGAGCGUUGUGUCAGGUAUUAGUGCAACAUCUGAAGAUAUUCCUAACAAGAUUGAGGAUCUCAGGUCUGAAUGUAGCUCUGACUUUGGGGGCAAAGAUUCUGUGACAAGUCCUGACAUGGAUGAAACAGCCCAUGGAGCCAGUCAGUUGACAUCUCCUCCUUCUCAAACAGAUUCUUUGCUUGCAUUGUUUGACCCUCUGUCCUCAAAUGAGGGUGUGUCAGCUGUAGUGAGGCCUAAAGUGCACUAUGCAAGACCCUCUCACCCACCUCCAGAUCCCCCCAUCCUGGAAGGAGCCGUGGGAGGUAACGAGGCGCGACUGCCGAGCUUUGGGUCCCACGCUCUGAUCCCGACAGACCUGGAAGCCUUCAAGCAGAGGCACUCCUACCCGGAGAGGCUGGUCCGCAGCAGGAGCUCGGACAUAGUGCCCUCGGUGCGGAGGCCCAUGAGUGAUCCUGGCUGGAACAGACGUGCUGGGAACGAGGACAGGGAGCUGCCCAUGGCCUCCGGCAGCGCCGGGGCAGCCGUGCUGGCCUCUCAGUCGUCGUCUUCAUCUCCCAGCAAGGACUCCUCCAGGGGAGAGAUUGAGGAACGGAAAGACAGUGAUGAUGAGAAGUCUGACAGGAACAAGCCCUGGUGGAGGAAACGUUUUGUGUCUGCCAUGCCCAAAGCUCCUAUUCCAUUUAGGAAGAAAGAAAAACAAGAAAAAGACAAAGAUGACAUGGUGCCUGACAGAUACGCAACGCUUCAAGAUGAUCCCAGCCCGAGGCUCAGUGCACAGGCACAAGCUGCUGAGGACAUUCUGGACAAAUACAGGAAUGCAAUCAAGAGAACGAGUCCCAGUGAAGGAGCCAUCGUGAACUACGACAGUGCAGAGGCAAUUGGGGAUGGUGAGAGCAUGCACGACUCCCCACGGGAUGAGGCUUUGCAGAACAUGUCUGCAGAUGACCUCCCAGACUCUGCAAGUCAAGUAGCACAGCCACAAGGUUCUGCUUUCUCCUACAGGGAUGCAAAGAAGAAAUUGAGAUUGGCUCUUUGUUCAGCAGAUUCUGUCGCCCUCCCGAUGCUGACACACUCAACAAGGAAUGGUCUCCCAGACCACACAGACCCUGAAGAUAAUGAAAUUGUGUGCUUCUUGAAAGUUCAGCUGGCUGAAGCCAUCAACCUGCAGGACAAGAACCUGAUGGCGCAGCUGCAGGAGACGAUGCGCUGCGUCAGCCGCUUCGACAACCGCACGUGCCGCAAGCUGCUGGCCUCCAUCGCGGAGGACUACAGGAAAAGAGCUCCGUAUAUCGCGUACUUAACGCGCUGUCGCCAAGGCCUGCAGACGACACAGGCGCACCUGGAGAGGCUCCUGCAGAGAGUCCUGCGAGAUAAAGAAGUGGCCAACAGAUACUUCACUACAGUCUGUGUGAGGUUACUGCUGGAGAGCAAGGAAAAGAAAAUAAGGGAGUUCAUUCAAGAUUUCCAGAAACUCACGGCAGCCGAUGAUAAAACGGCCCAAGUGGAGGAUUUUCUGCAGUUCCUGUACGGGGCCAUGGCUCAGGAUGCCAUCUGGCAGAACGCCAGCGAGGAGCAGCUCCAGGACGCGCAGCUGGCCAUAGAGCGCAGCGUGAUGAAUCGCAUUUUCAAACUCGCCUUCUACCCCAACCAGGACGGGGAUAUUUUGCGUGACCAGGUCCUUCACGAGCACAUACAGAGGUUAUCCAAAGUAGUGACUGCAAACCACAAAGCACUGCAGAUACCUGAGGUGUAUCUGCGGGAGGCGCCGUGGCCGUCGGCGCAGUCCGAGAUCCGCACCAUCAGCGCUUACAAAACCCCCCGGGACAAGGUGCAGUGCAUCCUGAGGAUGUGCUCCACCAUCAUGAACCUGCUCAGCCUGGCCAACGAGGAUUCGGUACCUGGGGCAGAUGAUUUUGUUCCUGUUCUGGUCUUUGUCCUCAUAAAGGCAAACCCCCCUUGCCUGCUGUCCACUGUGCAGUACAUCAGCAGUUUCUAUGCCAACUGUUUGUCUGGAGAGGAGUCGUACUGGUGGAUGCAGUUCACGGCAGCCGUGGAGUUCAUCAAAACCAUCGACGACCGCAAGUAGCUCACACAGCACAGGCAGACUGAGAGCAGGAGAGGAGUUCCUAAGAAUGUACAACAGCUGCAAAAGCUGAAGAAAAGACUUUCCUUGUAAAAUACUGUACAGAAUUGAGGCAUUUUAAAACACACCUUUACUAAUCUAAUUAAUUUAAUGGAUUUUCCUCUUCUCUUUGGGUUGCGUUUUCCUCCCCUCUAGAUACUGGCACUGCAAAAGGGACCACAGUUUUCAGGUAUUUUGGAAUCUCAAAGCAUUCAGAAAAUUCUUCAUGCUUUCUCCACCACCCCUCUUCCCGAAUUCUUAUUCACGUGAAUCAUUCACUUCAUUUAAUUUCUAAUGAAAAACUGAAACAAGAGGAAACAGGGCAGCCACGUAGUAAACUUUCUAGUUGAACACACCUUUUAUCAAGAAAACACCAGCCACACUGAAAGUUUGUAGUAGCUGGCAUCAGUUAUUGGUUGUAUUUCACCUAAAUUUAAAAUCUGAGAGGACAGUGUAAAUAUUAUAUAACUAUAUUUAAUGCAUUGCAAGUAUCUUUGGACUUACUAUCCUUUGAAUAAACAAGCAGAAGCCUCUCUGACCUCUAACAGGUUGUGACCUACCAUGUUUGGGUGACAAAAGGACUUCCUCAAAAGGCUAAGAUUUAAAAAGGGCAAACUGAACUAUUUAUUAAGAUGUAAUUACUGAAAUUUCUAAAACUGGAAUUUAUAAUAGGGCUUAUUAGCUAGCUGAACACUUCUUGGCUAGGGCAUUAGGGUGUUCCAGAGGUUUGGAUAUAUAGAGGACAGGGACUGUAAGUUACAAUAGAAAAGUCUAAUAUAAAAAGGAGAAAUAAAAUACCUUACUGUAAUAUUUUUUCUGAGCUAUUGUGUAUACUGUACAAACCCCAAACAGAGAUCCUUAACAGAACCUUGGGCUGUAAUAUAUAUUUUGAUUAGUGACAUUAAAUACAUAUGCCAGGGGGUUCAGUGAAUGUUUUUACUAAAUGUUCUUCGUGUUGUCUGCUAUGCAGCAGUGCAAGUUUUACUGUUCAUAAAAAAUAUUUUAAAAUAAUAUAACACUGUUCUUUAUGAAACAUAUCAUGACAUCAGUUCAGGGUGUUUUAUAGAUUUCUCACCCCGCCUUCCCCUUAAACUGACCCUUAUCAAUUUAAGGAGGUUUUUAUGCACAACACCACAUGGGUUUUUCAUGAGUGAGGUGGUCUGGGGCAUGGCCAGCAGGUGUUGGCUGUACACAAGCACUCGCUGCUCUUUUUCAGCUUAAUACAGUGAAAAGGGACAGCGAGCACUGAGCUUUCUCAUGUCAGUAUUAUUUCUUGCUCUUUCCAGAGUGUUCAUUGCACUUCUGACAGAGGGAUGUGGUAAGACUUGGUGUCUGUGAGUGGUAAAGAAAACAAAAUCUUUCUCACAUUCUUUUAAAAACACAAUUGGUUCAUUUUGUGUGUGUGUGUGUGCAUUUUGAUGAUUAAAACCUGUAAGCAACUAGUA